CUCGAGCCCUAAACAUCUCUCCUCCCCUUUCUCCUAGCCAAUAAAAAACAACAGCCUGUUUCAAAAUACAAAAAAAAAACAGAGGAAGAGAAAGUUAAGUGUUAGUACUUUAUUUUGCUUUCUUUUAUUUUACCCUUUUAAAACCAAACAAAAAAAAAGGAAAACAAAUUAUACCUCACAGUCACAGCAAGGAAAUCCGUACAAUCUCUGAAAAAAUUAGGGUUUAUAGCUACUGAUUCCGGUUUUGAUCUACAAUGAAACUAUUGCCCUAAAUUUCCAGAUUAAGAGAAGAGUUUUGGUGAUUUUAUUUAUUUAUUUUUAUUUAUUUUAUAAAUUUUGAUGGAUGAGAUCUGGGAAAGAGCAGUGGAGACAGCAUUAGAGGGGCAAACAGAUAAGUUAGCGGCAAGAACCCUAACCCUAGACGGUGCGGUUAAGUGUAUACAAGGAAGAUUACCAGCACCAAGUUUAUUCGAAAAAUUCGUGAAUCUUCAACAUCUAUCUAUAGCGAACAUUGGUGUUUCAACGUUAGAGCAAUUUCCUCGCCUUGGAAAUCUUGAGAAACUAAUUUUAUCGGAUAAUAGAAUCUCCGGUGGUUUAGAAUUUCUUGUAGAAGCUGGACUCGAUUCGCUUCGGGAUUUAGAUUUGUCCAAUAAUAGGAUUCAGUAUAUCGAGGAUCUAGCUCCUUUGGCCAAGCUAAGGUUGGUUUCGCUUGAUUUGUACGAGUGUCCUGUUACGAGACUCAAGGAUUAUCGGUCUAGGGUUUUUGGUUUGAUUAGUUCUUUGAAGUAUUUGGAUAAAAUGGAUGCUGAGGAGAAUGAGAGACCGGAGUCGGAUGACGAGGAGGAAGAUGAUGAUGAAGAGGAUGAGGAGGAUGACCCAGGGAGUGGUGAGGUUGAUGGGGAGGAAAGGCCGUGUAUGAUGAAUAACGGGCACAGUGAAGUUGGGGAAGGGAUUGUUGAUGUGGAUGAGGAAGAGGAGAGUGAGGCGGAUGAGGAGGAGACAGAGACGGGGAGAGAGAUUAAUGGGGUUAGUCAAAAUGGGUUUCGAGUUGAGGUUGUGGACAGGGAUGAGGAAGGGGAGGGGGGGGAUGAUGAUGAGGGGGAUGAGUCCGGGGAAGAAGAGAUUGAUGAGGAUGAUGAUGAUGACGACGACGAAGAUGAUGAUGUGGUGGAAGUGCAUGAGAUUGGUGAUGAUAGUGAUGAAAAUGAUGAUGGGGUGGAGUAUGAGGAGGAGGAUGAUGACGACGGCGAGGAUGGGGAGGGGGAAGAGGAUGAGGAGGAGGUGGAUAACGAUGAAGGGGAUCUUGGGGAGCCAGAGAGUACAGGAAGGUUAACGAGUACAGAAGGAGAGAUUGAUGGGCAUGAGCAAGGGGAGGAUGUUGGUGAGGAGGAUGACAAUGGAGAGACUGGUGAGGAGGAGCAAGGUGUCGAGGUUGAUGGAGAGUUUGAUGAUGAGGAAGAUGGUGAGGAGGAGGAUGAAGACUCCGAGGCAGGGUACUUGGUUCAACCAGUGGGGCAGGCUGAAGUUCUUGAAGCUGGAGGUAUUGAUGUGGAGCCAGGGAAUGAAGAAGAUGAUCCUGAAGGGGAGGAAGAAGUUGAUGAUGACGAUGAGUUGCAGGUGCUACCAUCAUCCUCACACCAUAAGAGGAAGAGAGAUGAAGACGAGGAUGAUGAUGGUGAGGAGGAUGAUGAUGAUGUUGUUGAGUAUAUGACGAAGUCAUCCAAGAAGCACCUUUAGCUCUUGUUCAAUUCCUGGGUAAAAAUGUUUUGUUCAUGUCUUGAAGCUUGGAAAAAUAGAGGAACAUGUUAGAUAGAUUGGGUUGUAGUCUGUUAGUGAUUUUGGGUAUCCCUCAUGGACAAUAUGUUUAGGGAAAGGAACUUGUAUCCUUGUUAGAUUCAAAAGGUUGUUAGCAA